CGUGACGUAAGCCGCCUUCAGGGACCUCGGACAUAUUCAGAAAUGUCGAGAAGCUGAUUAUUACCGGUUUACCAAAUGGAUAAGUCUGGUGUUGUUACCACGUUUAUUGAUGCAUGUCGCACGGUAUUUAGUUAGAGAACGAAGUUCAACGCCACUCUUAAUGGUGAUUACACUACAUGCUUCAUCCAGAUUUUUCAGACGCAAGAAGGCUUUUGAAUGACCUAAUUUAGAGUUUACGAGGUUCCCUGAACGCACCACAAUGUCCCCUGUAUUGUUUUCAACUUCGACCUUUUGAAACUCAUGUUCGGGGAAUUCCCCCUCCUUAUACCAAUAAAUGAAAGCUGAAACUGUUUUCACGGUGUACAGUGCAAGCAAAACUGAUGCCUAUAAUUAGAAUAAAUUGUUGUCUUGUGUUUCUUUUUUUUUUUAAUCAAUAAAUAAAUAACUUCCAACAUUGUUUGGCAUGCUUAUGACAUUUGAGCCAUCCGAGUCGGGUCUAUUCCGGUCGCCUCUUCUGGGUGAGGGUUGGACUGCUUACAGAGCGGGUUGGUCGGACCUGAACUGGCUGUUUAGAACCGACUGGGUUGCUGAAUUAUCGAGUGCCUCUCUUCAUGGACUUGUAUGAGAUCAGAGGAGGCAGUCUGGAUGUGAUUGCAGAGGAAGCUGAGCACCAGGUGAUGAGCACCAUGGCAGGCGGGGGAGGGAGGGCGACCCGAGGAGUUUCCACCUUCCAGAGGUUUUCUGUGGACACCAACGAGUCCCUUUGUUUUGAGCCCUGUGAGGACAGCCUUCCAUCUCCCACUGGGGCAGAAGACAGACUUGAUGAUGUGUUUAAAGAGGGAGAAACUGAGAGUGAGAUUGUAACAAUCAAGAAUCGUCUGCAAGGGAAGGUCGCUGAGAUGGAGAACUUUGCAAGUCAUCUGGAGGAGAUCUUUCUCACUGUGGAGGAGAACUUUGGCCGUCAGGAGCAGCACUUGGAGCAGCACUACAACGACGUGCUGCAGACAUUGUCUCAGCGCUAUGACGACAGGGCGGUGGGCCUGGAGGAGGAGAAGAAGGGCAAGCUGGAGGCCCUGUACAAGCAGCUGCUGGCUUGUGGUCAGGCGAUGGACGCCUCCAAGGAGCUCAUUGAGACGGCUCAGGAGGUCUACCGCGAGCAGGACAAGAGGCUUUUCUUCAAGGCAGUUAUGCCCACCAUCAAAAGAAUCGAGGAGUUUGCCAAAGAGCAGGUUGACCUCACGCUGUCGACAAGUCUUGAGUUUAACACGCCACGUGCUGACCUGUCGGAUGUCAAAACCAUGAUGGACUCCAUCAACGUUGUCCCAGCGCCGUCUGCCCCGGUAAUCAACCCCCAGACGCCCAACUCUGCCACCCAGACGUCCCUGCGUGUGUGCUGGAGCUUGUUCUCCGACGACACGGUGGAGUACUAUGAGCUUUACUACAGACCGGUGCUGGAGGACACGCCAGCUGACAGCCGCUGUGCACCACUCGUGAGCAAGGUCCAAGUGAAGGAGACCCACUGCGCCGUGACAGAUCUGCUGCCGAAUGCUCAGUAUGAACUGUGGGUGACUGCGACCAACACCACAGGCAUCAGCCCAGCGAGCGAGAAGACCUUAUACAUGACAGUGCCGUCGCCUCCAGUGAUCAAGCAGAGGGAGUGUACGAGCUGCCCAGAGGCUGCUCUGAUCCGCUGGGAGUCCGGCAACACCAACCCUGUCGACUCGUACACUGUGGAGCUCAGUGAGAUGGGCACUGACUGCACAGAGAGCGGCAUCGCUGAGUCUGUUGUAGCCGUGCCCACCUGUCAGUGUCUGAUCCAGUUGCAAACAGGACGCCGUUACCUCAUCUCUGUGAGAGCAGUCAACAUCGGUGGGCCGAGCUGCGGGAGUGAAGUUAUUACUGUGUCCACAACAGGAACAUUCUUCUACCUCCUGGAGGACACCGCCCAUCCUUGCCUGUCCAUCUCUGAAGAUGGCUUCACUAUGUUUUAUGGAGACGAGGAGCUGCCAAUCAGCGCCAUGGCCUUAGAUGACAACAACACUUUUACCAGGUGUGUUGCUGUGCUGGGGGAUCUGAUCCCAGUGAGAGGCCGGCAUUACUGGGAAGUCGAGGUGGACGAUGAGACGGAAUUUAGGAUUGGAGUUGCGUCCGAGGACACGGAGAGGAACUCGUACCUCGGUGCCAACAACACCUCCUGGUGCAUGAGACACAUUCUCACUCCAGCCAGGCAUAAAUAUGAGUUUCUGCACAAUGGCUUGAGCCCAGACCUGAGGAUUACAGUGAAUCCAGUGCGGAUAGGAGUGGCACUGGACUACGAGAGGGGGACUCUCUCCUUUUUUAAUGUGGAUCUGGAACAACACCUCCACACCUUCCAAUGUCACUUCCGAAAUUAUGUCCAUCCUUGCUUCGGCCUGGAUAACCCCGGAGUGCUUACUGUACACAACAGCAUCGAGGCCCCUGAGUAUUCAUUCGUCUAACGCCACAGAUCCAGGUUUAUGCAAUAAAACAGUGUGGAAGGCAGCGAUGUAACUUUAUUUAUCAUCACGUACCAACUUUCUAGGUGACAGACACUUUGAAUAGCCACAUUUAUACAAAGAAAAACUAACCUUAGACAAGGGAUUUUCAUGUGUUUUUAUUAUAGUAUUCCAUGGGAACAAGCAUACACCAUUUUCCAAGAUAAGAAAAACGUUUCACUGAAUUUUACAAUAUGUAUUUAUAGCAUCAGUAACUGCAGCAGACCAAGUGUUUAAAUUCAAACUGGAUAUACGAGAGUCGUUUUUUGAUUAACAAAAAGAUGCUU